AUGCAGCAGCAGCAGCCGUCAAGUAAUUCCUGGCGCGGUGCUAGCCGCGUCGGGUCUGUCAAGUAUGCUCAUUCGCCAUACGCCUACCGCACCAACGUAGAUGAUGCCCGUUUCAGCCCAUUGAGCGAUCAGGGAGGUCGUUCGGAGUCGGCGAGCCUCCCAGUGUACCUGAGCCCCAGGUCGUUUAGCGCGAGCGGGUCGAUGUAUGAGUUGCCUGGGAGCCACGUGCUUCAGGGCACGCAAAAUGAAGGCAGCGGACAGCGAUUCUCUGGGCCGAGCACUCCACUGAGCCGAUCCAGUUGCAUGCAGGAGUACUCGCAGCCGAUUCAGGUCGGCUCCGCCCCAAACGUGCACCCGCGGUACCGCCGCAGAAUGCAGAGUCCCAUCACCCAUGGCUGCAGCAACGACAGCGGUAGUCUCAGCGGCUUCCCCAACACACCACUUAGCAGUCUGCCGCCUCGGUCUCCCUUCAUGCCGCGCGACGACAGCGGGAGCACGUUCGCUGGCGGCGAGUCCGCGCCAGUGCGAGGGCACAACGACCGUUACCAAAGGAAUCCCAACGGCGGUUGCUCCUCUCCACGAUACCGGCUGCAGCUCUCGGGUAGCUCUCGCGAUGCCGCCACUGACGUCGAGAGUAGAUCGCAGUCGCCGAAUCCUCACUACACCGCGCACGGGACGCCGCCCCCGCCACCGCCGCUGCCGGUGGGCACCUCCGUCCCUCAGUAUGGUGCGCGGACGCCCAGCCAGCAAACGUCGCCAACGAACGCGAAUGGGGCGGCCGCCUCAAGCUACGCCCCCACGGGCUUUUCGGUGCCGCUGAAGAUGGCGCCCGUGCACAGGGGGGGCAGCGGGAGCUACCACGGAUCCCUCGGUGGACGAGGCGGCUCGCAGUCACCUAGCUAUGUAGACGUGAGAGCGAGUCACUCCUUCCCUUCAAUGAUGAGCGGCGGUGCACCGCCGCUGACGUUCGCCGCCGCACUGCAGCAGCAGCAGCAAAGUGGAUCCUUCCCGGCAAACAACUAUCACGGUCACGCUAGAAGUGGGACCUACCUUGCCUCUACUCCAUUGGGUGGCCCAGGGAUGAGCGGUGGGUCCGCCGGGGUGACGCACGGAGCGGAGGCUCCCCAUUUCAGUGAGUCGUACGACGCAAAAACGAAGACGAGGGGCGCCAUGGCGGACGAGAUGAUGUCGCUCUCAAGCAAGUCGAGCAGCAGUGCGAACAGCAUCCGCGAUGACCUGCCGCUAUGUCCCAACGAUGACGCGUGCACGCUGAUUAAUGAUCGGAAACACCAGAAGAAGUUCGCCCACACGUGUCGAUUGCUCCCCUGCUAUCACGGACACGUUGCCCGCCACGCGAAGCUUUUUAGGCACUCUUCAGGGCAGGUGUCGUUGCCGGAGGGUGUCUCUGCCAACAUGAAGGUAUCUACUCACGCCUUGGCCAGCGUGAACUUUAGUACCAUCAGCCCAGAGGCGCCAAAUGCGUAUCGUAUCUACGUGUCACACGGCAAUAAGAGCUACGAGAUCUUUGGCGACUGGGCCUCGGUGAAGGUGCACACGUUCAAGCGGUACCUGCAUCAGGUGUACCGCAUUGCUCCGAGCGCGCAGAUCCUGUCGGUUGUGAAAACGGGCAGGGUAAUGGACGACGACAUCAACACCGUGAAGGGCUUCGGCAUUGAGGAGGACUCCGUUGUCCAGCUGCACAGCAACAUUGAGGACGCCACCGUUUCCGGCCGCAUCGGCAUCUCCCUCGACGAUCUAUAG